UUCGAUUUGGCAACGCUUGGUGUGGGUUGGGCUGCUAGUUAAUAACAAACGGUUGAAAAGCAUUUAUUUUGUAAUGAAAAUGUGAAAAUUAAAAAGAAUAUGAUUAAAUUAAAAAAAUUUUGAUAAAGUGAAUUUUAUUACUUGAUUAUUGACUAUUUUCUAUUAAACUCAGGAUGUAAAAUUAUUGUUAUAUUUGAAAUAUUUUUAUACCUUGGUAAAGUGAAGUUAAUUAGUGAUUUGUUUCUUUAUUUUUGACGUAUAGAGCUUGACAAUGUUGUGUGCAACUACGAUAUAUUUUUUAGCAUUUUACUCACUAACAUUUUUAAUAAGUAUUGGACAAUCAGCUGAGCCACCAAUUGUGCCUUUUCCUCCCACAAUCGUUAAACAGCCUCCUCACGAGCAGUUAUAUCAAGUGGCACAAACAGCAGAUGAGAAAGACAACCCCUUCAUGCUGGAAUGUGAAGCUCAAGGAAACCCUGAGCCAGAGUAUCGUUGGAUGAAAAAUGGUCUUGAUUUUGAGUAUGUUGCAUAUGAUAAGCGUAUAAGUCAACAGCCCAGAAGAGGAACUUUAGUAUUCACAAAGCCAGAAGAUAUUGAUGAAGGCUUAUAUCAAUGCUAUGCUUCAAAUCGCUUUGGCACUUCUGUAUCAAAUUCAGUCUUUUUAAGAAAAGCAGAAUUGAAUUCGUUUCUUGAUGUGGAAGCUAAAGAAAAAGUUGUAAAUGAAGGAGAUCCUUUGUCAUUAAACUGUAACCCUCCUACAGGAUAUCCUCGUCCAACCAUUUUUUGGAUGAUUCAAUCAUUCACUGGAUCAUUAAGGACUAUAAAUAGCUCUAGAAUCACUGUUGAUCCUGAAGGAGAUUUACAUUUUUCAAAUGUAACUUUGGAAGAUGAUUUAGAUGAAGCAAUGUAUGCGUGCAGCGCUACAUCUAAAUCCCGUAACGAAUAUAAAUUCGGAAAUAAAAUCAUUUUGAAAGUCGAACCAUCUGGAGGAUCUGGCCAGGCAAGUCAUCGCCCAAUCAGGCAGUAUGUAUCGCCACCAAACAUGGUUGCAUUAAGAGGAAAACCAUUAGAAAUUAGUUGUAUAUUUGGAGGACCUCCAUUGCCUGAAAUUAAGUGGACAAAGCGAGGCAGUGAAUUGUACUCAUAUAAAUAUGUGUAUAAGAACUAUGGCAAAACUCUAACUAUUCGGAGUAUUGACUUCAGUGAUGAAGGAACCUACGAAUGUUCUGGUAGUAAUGGGGUUGGAACACCAAUCACUCAUGCUGUUUCUGUUACAGUUAAUGCCAUACCAUAUUGGAUUACUGCACCUAAUAACACAAAUGCAGCAGAAGAUGAAGUAGUACGUUUUGUAUGUGAAGCUCAUGCUUAUCCUGAACCUAAAUUACAAUGGCUCAUUAAUGGAGAUCCAAUUGAAAAGGUUCCAACAAAUCCAAGGCGAAAAAUUGAGGGAAAUACUAUGAUUAUAGAGAGUCUUGAAAAAUCUGAUACAGCUGUUUAUCAGUGUAACGCAUCAAAUGUUCAUGGUUAUGCUUUCAAGGACUUUUAUCUAAAUGUUUUAGCUCUCCCUCCAACCAUUGUUGAAGAACCUGAGCCACUCACUAAAGCAGUUGUAACUGCUACUGUUACUUUGAUAUGCCGUGUGUUUGGUGCACCAAAGCCUGAAGUCAGGUGGUCUCGUGAAAGACAAGAAUUGAGUGGAGGAAGAUAUCAGGUUAUGGAGAAUGGUGAUUUGCAAAUAUCAAAUGCUUUGAAAACAGAUGAAGGAGUUUACACAUGUUCUGCUAGUAACAAAUUAGGAAGUACUCAAGCUCGAGGAAAAUUGGAAAUUAAAGGUAAAACUAAAAUCACCCAGCCUCCUGAGAACUUUGAAGUUGCUGCUGGAAGUUCUGCAACCUUUAGAUGCAAUGCUGAAGCGGAUACGAGUUUAUUAUUAAAGAUUGAUUGGCUAUUUAAUGGUCAGCUAGUAGACUUUGAUCAAGACCCUAGGAUAGUUCAAGCUUCGGAUAAUUCCUUGACCAUUUCAAAGACACUUGAAUUGGAUUCUGGUAUUUUUACCUGUGUUGCUAAGACUGAUUUAGAUGAAGAUACUGCCACUGCCAUUCUUACAGUUCAAGAUGUACCUAAUCCUCCAGAAAUAGUAGAAGUUGAUUGUGAUGGGCUUUAUGCUUUGGUAGUGUGGAAACCAAUGGGUGACCGAAGAGCACCCAUUUUGAGUUACCAUGUUCAGUAUAACACUUCUUUCACUCCAGAUACUUGGGAAGAUGUCAACAAACAUAUCCCAGCUCCUGAUACACGAUACAAUGUUGAAAUGAGUCCUUGGGCAAACUAUACUUUUAGAGUAAGAGCAAGAAAUAAAAUAGGGCCAAGUGAACCCAGUGAUCCAUCUCAGCAUUGUGCAACUCCUGAAAGUGUACCCUACAAAAAUCCUGACAAAGUAAUAGGAAGGGGAACUCAGCCUGAUAAUCUUGUAAUUUCUUGGACACCUAUGCCUCUGAUUGAACAUAAUGCUCCUGGCUUCUUCUAUAAAGUAUUCUGGAAACGAGAUGACGAGACGGGAUCACAAUGGAAAUAUGAAGCCAUUACUGACUGGCAUGAAAAUAAGCUUGUCGUUGACUAUCAACCGACAUUUAGAAGGUAUCGUAUCAAAGUGGAAGCACAUAAUCGUCGAGGACAAGCAAAAGUUUCGGCUCAAGAAAUUGUUGGAUACUCUGGAGAAGAUGUUCCAAGAGAAGCUCCUUUAGGCUUUCGUCUUCUGCACAUCAGAGAUGCCAAGUCUGCUGUUUUUGUUUGGGAUCCUGUGUCCCCAGACUCCCUUUAUGGUCAUUUCAGAGGAUACAAGAUUCAGACUUGGACAACUGAUGAAUCAGAAGAACAUCUACGUGAAGUUAUUAUUCCAAGAAAUGUCACAGAAGCAUUAGUCAGCAUUUUCCGACCUUAUUCUCGAAAUGUGGUGCGAGUAUGUGCCUUCAAUGAUGUUUACAAUGGUCCCUCAUCUGAUACCAUUGAAUUUGCCACACCAGAAGGAACUCCUGGGCCAGUGUCAUAUUUUGAAGCUGUGCCUUUAGGAUCCAGUGCAUUCUAUUUGAUUUGGAAGCGCCCUGUUGAACCUAAUGGCAACCUUACUGGAUACAGAAUUUAUUUCCGUGAAGUUGACGGAACUUCUUUGGGAACUAUUGUUGAAAGACAACCAGCUAUAAGUGACCCUAGAGAAACCAGAGCUAAAUUAGCUGGUUUAAAACCUGAUUCAAAAUAUAGAUUGAUUAUUCAUGGAACUACCAAAGUUGGACAGGGAGAUCCAUAUUAUAUCGAAGUGAAAACUAAUGCUCAAUCUACUAUUGUUCCAGAUCCUCCUAACUUUGUAUGGUCUCAUGUGCCUGGAGAGCAUGGAAAAGCUGGUAUUUUGGUUACAUGGGUGCCAGCUGUUGAUGGUCAGCCUGGUAGUUAUUUCUACGCACAGUUUAGAAGAAAAGGGGAAGGUCAUUGGGACGAAACAGCUAGAGAAGAGAAUGAUGAUUCUGUGCUUGUCAAAGGUUUAGAUUUUGGAACUUUAUAUGAAAUGCGUGUUGUAGCUGUUGAUGGGACAUUUGAAACACCUAGUGCCAUAGAAGAAAUCGAUACUGGUGGAUUAGUUAUGGCGGCACCUGAAGGUCCUGAAAAUAUUGCUACAGCAGCUUGGUUCAUUGGAAUGCUGUGUGCCAUAGCACUACUGCUUCUGCUUUUGAUACUUGUGUGCUUAGUGAAGAGAAAUCGAGGUGGAAAAUACUCUGUUCAUGAGAAAGAAGCAGCUCAGGGACGAGAUGUAGACUACACAGAUGACGGAGGGUUUAGUGAAUACAGUAAACCAGUUGAAACGCAUGCUGGACCAAGGGGCAGUCGUGUAUCCCUCACUAGCAGUUACAAGGGUCAAGAAAGUGACACAGACAGCAUGGCUGACUAUGGUGAAGGUGAAAUGGGUAAAUUUAAAGAGGAUGGAUCAUUCAUCGGACAAUACGAUAAGAGAAAUGAUGGUCAGGCAACUUCUCCAUCAGCUCUUGCUACUUUUGUAUAAAAAUAAUAGAGUAUAUUGUAGCUAUAAAUCUAUACAUAUAUAUAUAAAACAUAAAUUGUUUCGAAGCAGCUUAAAAAGAUUUCUACAAUCAUCCUUCUGCCUAAAUGGGAAUUAAUGUUUAGUGAGGCAAUAACUAUUUUAGUAUGGAGAUGCUCUUAUUUUUCCGAAGUCUCUUACAUUUUAUAGAGAUUGUUGUGACUUGUCUUCAGUGUCUUAUUUUAAUUACUGCCAUGGAUACUGUGCACAGAAAACAUGUGUGAGUGAUUGACUUUUAUAUUUUUAAAAGAAGCAUGACAGAAUGCAAAAAAAAAUCACAUUAUAUGAAUUAAAAUUAUGUUUGAUGUUUUCUUUUAAAUCAAAAAUAUGUUAUUCCUUUUUCAUACUUUUUAAUGUUUUACCUCAUAUGUCUAUUUUAUUUGCAUAUUUUUUAGUUAUCUUUUUUUUUUUGUCAGAGUGAAACUGUUUUCAUUUUUGUCUUUUCACUUUUGUUGGAUUUGAAAGAUUGUAGGUGUCCGUGAUAUUUUUCCGUCUAUUUUAAACAUUUCUUUUGUUAUGUUUAUCUCAAACCUUGUUAUUAGUAUCUUUUUGUUCUAAAAAACAUCAGCUGGAAUGAUUAGCAUUUUAGAAUCAUGCAUGCAUAACUCAUAAAUGUUUCCAUAAUUGUAUAUUAAAAAGCAAAACAAACAUUUAAAAGUGUUUUUUCCACCAGCAAAACUUGCUAACUACAUUUGAAAAUAAUUUUAUUUAAUAUUCUGCAGUGCAGCAAUCAGAUAGCACAUUUAAGUUUCCCUUAUUCAAUUGAUAUUUUAGAGUAUGUAUAAUUUAAAGUUGAAGAAUUGCUACUAAAAUUAUUGAUUUGGACCAAUAGUUACAAUAUAUUCAGGCAUCACAAAUUGAGGAAAGUAUUGUUUCAGAACUUGACAGGUUUCAGGAACAUUAUCAAAAAAUUGCAAAACAUUUCAUAAAAUAAAAAUAAUAAUUUUUAAAAAUGUAUAAACAAUCGUAAACAAAUGUGUAAACAAUAUUUUAUUAUUUAUUUCACGUAUUGCACCAGAAAAUAUUAUUAGACUAUAAAACUGUUAUUACCUGUUUUAGAAACUUUUACUUUAAUUUAGAAAACCUAAUAAUAUUGUUAGCUUAAUGUAACUCGUUAGAAUUUAAUUAUAUUCAUCUAGCGUACUAAAAGAUUGCAAUCUAUCACUUUACAAUUUUGUUAAAAUAAUGUGGAUGUUAAGAAUUUGGAAAAUUUUACUUGCAUUUAUUUCAACUUGCAUUUGUUUAUUUUUUAGUUCAAAAUCUUUUCUCACUCUCUUUUUUUUUUUUCAGUUUUUUUUUCCUGCAAUAAUUUAUUCUUAACAAAUUAUCAGUGUACAAAACACUUUAAAUGAGAGAUUAAAAGCAUGUAUAAAGCUAUAGGUGUGAUUAAUUGUUGUUGUAACUACCUGUUUAUUUAACAUUUUCUAUAUUUAAAUGUUAUGUUCUGAAAAGUCAAACUUCUCAUAAUAAUAACUUUCUUUUAAACUUACAUGUUUAAAUUAUCCCUGCAGUUAAAUUAAAUAUAAUGAACACAUUUACUGCUUUUAAACAAAUUCCAAAAACAUUUAUUAUAAAUGACAUAUUUUUCUUUACUUUUGUGAAUAAAAAAUAUGAGAAGUUCUAUUAUUCAAGUUAAUAUUCUAUGAAAAAGGUAGAUGUUUCAUUUUUUACUUAUGCCAAAGUUUCCUCUUUAUUAUCAUGUAAAUAAACUGUUCAUUUUUGUGUUCUGAUAAUACUUAUAUUGCCCAACUAUCUGUGUAUAAUGUGAUGAUAUCUUAAAAGACUGAUCAUUCUAUGCUGGUGAUUGUGUUAAACUUCAUUGUAAAAUGGUGUUGAGUUAUAACAUUUUUAUUUUUGUAUUAUGAAAUUGUUAGAUAUAUGGCAGAUUUCUAUUAGUGACCUAGUAUAUUUUUGUAAAGUGAACUAAUAAUAUUUCUAGAUAUGUAUUGGGAAAAUUAAUUUGAAUGUAUAUAAUUUGCAUUCAAUUUUAAUAAGUAUAAAUGUGUGAUAUUAUGAAAAAACAAUAUUCUUUUUCUAAGCUUGAAAAAUAGUUGAAUCUUAAAUAUAUCUAUUUUCUGUAUGCAGCUAUUUUGUAAUAGGCUUACUAAGUAGAAUGCAUUCUUUUUCAAUACAUGUGUUUAUUGCUGUCCAUUAUACACUUAUUAGUUUAUUGUUAUUUAAGCUUUAUGGUUUUGUGUCAUCAUCCUAUAAAUAAUUCAACUUUUUAUAAAUUUAAAGCCAUAUACGUGUCUUUAAAUGCACACCUAGCCAGUGUAGCACAUUAUAAUUUAAAUUGAUACCAUAAUGUAAAUAAGAUUAAUUCCAAUUAUUACUUUCUACCAUUUUUACCUUAACAUUACCUGUUCAAUUGUUUUAUAAAAUUAUUUUAAAAUUCGCCAAAGAAAUAUGUAAUAAUAUCUACAUAUGUGGUCAUAACCUAAUUUAAAGCUUUAAAAUCUGCACAAUUUGCAAGCUAAAACAAGUUGCUAAGUACAUCAUGAACAUACUCUCAGAUAUAACCAACAGGAAGAUUUUCUUGCACUUCUUUAAGUUACCUAUGGAAAUUAUGGGAUUUGCACAAUUCCCCCUGUCAAUCUCAAGACCUUUCAACUAUAGGGUUGAAAAAUGUAUUUGUAGCAUCUUUUUAUAUUUAAAUUGUUAAUCUAAUUUAUUUAAAAUUUAUGUGCAGCUAGGUCGUCGUUAGUUUUGAUAGCAGCUAUUUUUUUUUUAAAAAUGCAAUUUUUUUUUCUUCUCUUCAAUAAAGUAGAAUUACUGCAUUUUAUUUCAAAUCCAUUUGUUUUUAUAUGAAAUGCCACUUAAACUGUAGUUGUGUAAUCUUUUAAGGUUUAAUUUGAAAAGUUGGCAGCUGAUUAUUUUCUUUUUUUUAACGUUAGAAUAGGAAUUUUAAAGUAAGAUCUUAACUGACUUGAACCUUAAUUAUAUAUGAUUUCAAUUUUUUUGAACAGUUGUAAAAAGUAGAAUAUGACUUUGAAAUUUACAAUUGUUUUUAGUUAAUCAAAAAAUUUCUGUCAUUUAUUUACUCAAUUUAUUAUUAAAAACAUAUUUUAAAGAAUUUGACUGGACUUUUAUUAAUGAAAUAUAUAAUUAUUGUGAAUUGUAAAAAAUUUUCUAAGUUAUAUCUUGCAUUCUAUAUUUUAGCCCUAACUUGAAAGUAACUACAAAAUAUCUAAUUUAUUCAUCAUUUUUUAUCAUUACUUAUAAUUUGAAAAUUUAUUAUUUUUUAAAUAAUUUUUAAUAAUACAUUGCAAACUUUCAGAUAAAGGUACUAAUUUAUUUUAUGUUAAUCUUACAAUCACGAAAUUAUCUGAAGAUUUGCUAGUUUUGUAAACUUCACUCUUUAUUGUUUUUAUUCUAUCUAAUUUAUAUUUAUACAAUUCAAAGUAUAUAUAUUCUAAAUGUUUAUCUAUCUGAUUUUUUUUUUUUUUAAAUUUUUACACUGUUAACAAUUUUUUAAAAUUUUAUUCUAUUCAAUAAACAAAUAAACUUUUUAUUUUAUAUGUAAAGAAAAUCAACAUUAGUUAUUAAGUAGCUUGUUCAACAAUACUUUGCUUUUAUAGAUUUUAUCAAUAUUUUUAUUCCAACAUAAAAUAUUUGUAAUUAUUGAAACUUUAAAAUCAAUUUUUAAGAACACUUCACUGUGCUCAAACCUCUGAAACUUUUGUAAAUAACUUGCUAUGAAUCUCUUGUCUUGGAUUUGCUGUUAUUUUUGACAUAACUAAAUAUAUAUUUAUAUAUUUUUUUAAUUUUUAACUCCAUAAAAUAACACUUUAUUGUAACUACAAUUCAAUACUACAUAUGAUUAACACCCGGUUAAUAAUGUGAUUUCUCUCUAACUAUUGAAUUGUAAAAUAAUUUGAUUAGAAAAUAUUUAUCUUACUGUAAAUUUUAAGAUUUCUUAUAUUUUUUAUUAUCUUCUAUAUUUUUUAUCAACAAAAAUUAUAUAUUGUAAAAAUUGAUAAAAAUUUGUAUAUAUUGCACAAUUGUUGGGUCAUGAAAAAUUGAAGAUUUGCUAAUAAGGUCAAAUUCUUGUAGAAAUGGUUGUAAAUUUGUAUAGUUAGUGAGUUAGUGUCACUAGAUACAUAAUACUAAAUGAUAAUGAUUUAGUACAGGGGUUCUUGACAUAUAAGUCACAAUCUGACUUAGACGUAACUUAUGCACCUUUUUCGUUGGACUACCAUAUUGUUUAAAUUUAUAGAUUCAAAAACAAUAUCUGUUUGUGUGCUGUUAUCUUUUUUAUAUUCGUAAUAUACAUGCAAUGUAAACAUCUUUAAAGAAAGAUUGCGUAUAAUCUUUCAUAUUAUUUUUGCAUGUAAAUAAUUACAUAUUUGCAUGUAAUAAUAACACAAAAGAGUUUUUAAUAAAAUAAAAUUAGAUAAGGUUAUUUAUAUUAAAAAAAUGCCAAUAUAAAUAUUUUUUUUCUAAGAAUCCUCAUGAAGCAGAGUUCAUAAUAAAUAAAUAAAUAGUGUCUAUAAUGAGCUGAAGGCCAAAUACUUGAAAAAUUAAUUCCAAAUUUAAAGGAUAUCUUAUUUUUAUAUGUAUAAUUGCAUUUAAAAAAAAAAAACUCAUACAUUGUUUGAAAAAUACUUCUUGCUACUGAGAUAGUUGUCUUUGUUCCAACAAACAUUUAUUGCAUUCUAUGGUUUCCUAUACAAAAAUACUACCUCCUUUCAUUUAAUUCCAUCUUAUGAUGACCUUGCACAGAUAGUGGUUUGUUAACCAUGUUACCACAUUCAUAGACAUCCAUUCUAAUGGUCAGGAUGACUUUUUCAUGCAUUUCCAAAUAGAGCAUUUACAAAAAUAUGUUUUCAUAAAUUGUAUUGUUAUUACUUAAAGGGUUAUAAACAGGGAUCUACAUAACUGCCAACUUUUAUUUCUUUCGAGGAUGAUUUUCCCCUGUGGUAGUAAAAUAGAUUUUGAAUUGCAAUUUAAGGCAGAAACAUUCGCUGUAUUUUGAAAAAGCUUCUGCGUACCACCUCGACUCAGUUGCAUAUUAAUAUAUGUGUUUAAUUUUUUUAAAAAUAGUGGCGGUCAAAAAGAUAAUAAAUUAAGUUUAUAAAUGCAAGGAAUAUAUAGUAAGCAUACAUUUUACUACCACUUUUAAUGUAGAAAUAAAUUUUUUCGCCAAAUGCGUAAAAGUUGGCAGGUAUGGAUCUACAAACCCUACCCUGGUUGCUAGGGUGCCUAAAACAUCAUAGCUAGGGCCCGAAAUUUAAGUAAGCUUUAACAUGAUUUUUCUUAUAUUUUUUCAACAUAACCAAACUGCUCAGGAUUUUCUUCAAAAAUUAAAAAGGCAUAGUAUAUUAUGCAGGUAUGUAAUGUGAUAUUGCAAUUCAUAAAUUGUGUUCACAAAAAAUUUUUAUACUGUGGUUUUGAUUCCUUUAUUUAUUUUUAGACAAUACUAAAUUAAAAAUAAUAGUUGUCUUCAUGUAAUUUCAAAAUGAUACAAAAAUGUUAUUUUACAUUCAAUUCUAUUUCCUGCUGCCAUGCGAAAAUUCAUCGUGACUUGAAAAUUUGAACCUUUGUAAACCCCUGGUUGUAACUGCAACAUAUUAUUGCUGACAAUCAUGUUGCAAAAGCAAAACUCAUCAUAUAUUUCUUGUAAAAAACUUAAAAGCACAACAGAGAUCAGUUACAGAUGUGAGCCAUAUACAUUCAGUUUCAUUUUAAAGGUUUUGGAGUUGGUUUUGGCAUCAAAUGGUUAAUAAAAACUGGAUCAUGAAAAACUGGAAGUUGAGCCUGUAUUUCAGUUGUGAUUUAAAAAGAAGUUAAGAACCCCUAUUGUAGUAAAGAAUAUAUGAGCUGACAGUAUUGAAUAAGAUAAAAAUUAGUUUAUUUAGUACCAGGAGAGAAAUUAGAUUAGAUUGUUGUUAGUGCAUGCUUACAAAAUUAUUAGACAUUUUUUUUAUUUUUCAGACAAAUUUUUUUAAUUAUAUCUUUUUCAACAAAAAAAAAAAAUCUACAUUAAUCAAAACUAAUCAUAUAUGUAUGUAUAUAUUAUUGAUUCUAUUGAGCAGUUUUUGAACUACCAUAAAUUAUAUCCGCUAUUUCAGCAGAACAAAAUUUAUUAUUUACAUUUUUUUCAUUGCUCGAAAAUUGUUUAUUGGUUGCUAUUUUGAACUUUUAAAUUAAGGUAUAUCUCUGUUAUAUCACUUGAUCAUUUUAUUGGAUUAUUGAAAUUAUUAUUUUUGUAUAAUAAGUUCAAAAAAGUAGUUUCUUAUAUGUUCCUUUUUUAUGUAUGAAGUAUAUUUAUACAUUUGGUUACUGUUUUUAUUAUUAAUUUGUUUGAUAUUAAUUUUAUGUGCAAAAUGAUGAUAUACUCUUGGUGAUUUUAAAAAUUCUCUGGUAUAUAUUUAUACAUUCCUUGUUUUCCAGAAAAAAAAUUUAAUAAUAUUUUUUUACAGUAUUACAAUUGUUAAAUAUUGCUCACUGUGGUUUUAUUAUUUUAAAUACCUGAUAUAAAAGUAACAUUCCUAAAAUAAUAUGUUACGCUGCCUUAAGAAAUGUGCUCUUAGCUUCUUGGGUGGCAAGAAAGCUUUUUAUUCAUUUUUUGUAAUAAACUUGUCUAUCAUGGUA